AUGUCAGAUAUUCUUAAUGAACCAGACGAUUCAAUGUCUCUUAUACGCUACCUUCUUUACUCCAAUGAGUUCGAUACACGAGGAAUCUGUGCAACUACUUCAUGGUGGUUGAAAAACAAGACUCACCCCGAGGAGAUGAACAGAAUAAUCAAUGCUUAUGGAGAGGUUGUGGAAAACUUAAACCAACAUGUCAACCCAAAUUCACCAUACGAUAGCGCCGAAAAACUACUAUCGCUAGUUACUUCAGGACCAUCUGUAUAUGGGAGGGCGGCAUUACACGAGCCUUUGAGCGAGGGUGCCAAGCGCAUUAUCCUCGCCUUACAAGAAUCCCAAGAGCCCCUUUUUAUUGCGGGAUGGGGCGGAACAAAUACACUCGCUCAGGCGUUACUUCAUAUCAACAACACCAUGUCUUCUUCAGACGCCGCCGAGUUAAGGUCGCGAAUCAGACUAUAUACGAUUUCCGACCAAGACGAUACGGGUCCUUGGAUCCGAGCUCAUUUUCCAGACAUAUUUUAUGUCGUAUCUAUUCAUGCGUGGAAUGCUUAUCCACUGGCAACCUGGAGUGGGAUGACACUCACUGGAUGUCCUUGCGUAAACUCAUCACUUGCACAAAACCCUUGGUUAGACGCCAAUAUCCGUUAUGGGCCCCUGGGUUCUCUAUACCCGCAAAUUAUAUUCGGCAUGGAAGGUGAUACUCCCAGUUUCCUGUGGCUAAUACAGAACGGCCUUGGUUACCGUGAUCGCAUCGACUGGGGUAGUUGGGGUGGAAGAUAUAGUCGGUCGCUAGCUCUAGUUGAUUGGGCGGGUGGGAUUGAUACAAACCAUUUUGUCGAUUCCUUAGAAAAUGCGACUGGCCUUGACGGACAAGAUUAUUCAACGCCACAAGCAUCUGUCUGGCGCUGGAGGACGGCUUACCAAGAUGAUUUUGCGGCUCGAAUGCAAUGGACUAUGACUUCGAACUUUUCAAAAGUUGGGCAUCCGCCCGUCUUAAACAUCAAUGGCCAACAGGGUCCAGAUCCACUGAUCAUCCAAGUAAAAAGUAAUGAAACGUAUACGUUCGAUGCAGGACUGACGCUGGACCCGGACUACCCUACGGAUAAUAGCCGUUUGGAGUUCCAGUGGGUUUUGUAUCGGGAGGCUACAAUAUUCGAAGCAAAUAUGUCACUUAAGGCUCUCCAACCUCCAGUAGGAUCAAACGGAAUACUGGAUAUUAACGAUGCUGGUUUUACUAAUGCGACACUCGGCAUCAAGGUCCAAGUUACUGUACCACAGCCUAUGCUGAAUACUUAUACCGGAACAUAUCCUGGCUUCCACAUCCUACUCCAGGUCACCAACAGGGCAGGCCAAUAUCCAAUUAGACGAUACAUGAGAGUGAUAUGUGAAUACGAUAUUUGA